AUGGCGACUACCAUUGCAGUACGAACUCGUAAGAGUCGAAAAAGUGACAAUGUGGCAUAUAGUGAAAUGGCAUUACGACAGAAUGCGUCCAUAUUAGAAUAUUGUCGAACAUCAAUGGCCUGUUUAGGUGGAGCAUCUGCAGGAAUUUUAGGUCUAACUGGUCUCUAUGGAUUUGCUUUUUAUUUUAUCACAUCUAUUUUAUUUUCUGUUAUGGUGCUAAUCAAGGCAGGAUCUCGAUGGAAUAAUUUCUUUGUAUCAAGAAAGAUUCUCUUUACAAAUGGUUUACUUGGAGCUUUAUUUACAUAUGUUUUAUCUUGGACAUUUUUAUACGGAAUGGUCCAUGUUUACUAGCAUCUUUAUCAUCUUCAUCAAACUAGGAAUUAGUCUUCAGUAUCUAGUGGCAUUAUCAUGAUUCAAAUCAUCCUCCCAUAACUAUAGCCUACAUGAUGUUAUUAUCAUCUGUUUUGAUAAGUGACACAGAACAGAUUUUUUAUGUUGGGCAGGAACUCAUUCUAUGAUCUAUUUUGCAAUGAUUAGUAGGGCUGGGUAUCAAUUAAAAAUUCUAAAUAAAUCAUCUAAUUAUUUAACCAUUUUAUUGUUCAUAAUUCCAGCUACAUGCAUCACUUAGUUAGAAGGAAGAUCUAACAACCAGUUCGUCUACAAACAUGUUUAUUUUAUCAAUCUCCAUUUUCCAGAUCUUUAUUUCUAUUAAUCUUAUAGACAAAGGAUCCAGAUAAUCAAUAUUAAAGUUAUUUGACAUCACCUUCAUGUCAAUUUGUUAUUUGAUUGUAGACGUAUGACAUAGAUUUUCAACCUGAAUAUGUUAGGGUUAUAGCUGAAUUCCACAAGCUAUUCAGUUGAGCUCAAUGUGUGGUACAUUGUAUAUCUGAUUUGUAAAGAAUUGAAAUGAAUAAAUUAAAUGAAUGGUGUACAUAAUAUUAUCUUGAUGUGCAAUAAAAUUCAUUUGUGUAUC